AUGUCUGCUUCAACCACCGUCGCCAUGUACCUGUUUACUCGACUGAGGCAACUCGGUGUCGGUGCCAUCCACGGCGUGCCCGUCGACUACAACUUGGAUCUACUGGACUACGUGAAGCCAUCAGGACUCACCUGGGUUGGCAACGCGAAUGAGCUUAACGCGGCUUAUGCGGCAGACGGAUAUGCGAGAAUCAAAGGCAUUGGCGCUGUUAUUACGACAUUUGGUGUUGGCGAGCUUUCUGCGGUAAACGCCAUCGCCGGUGCCUAUGCAGAACUUUCCCCUGUUGUUCACAUCGUUGGAACCCCGUCAAGAGCAUCUCAAGAUGCACGGGUGCUCAUCCAUCACACCUUUGCUGAUGGCGAGUAUGGUAGGUUCGCAAAGAUGCAGGAUCGCCCUGUUUACAUCCAGAUCCCCACGGAUCUUGUGGCUGUUCGCGUACUUGCCAUUGAGCUGCAAACGCCUCUGAGUAGCGCAGCUGUCGAACUAAACAGCAAUCCCGAAAGGGACGCAGUAUUGGAGAAAAUCCUCGAGAGAUUCUACGAGGCUGAGAGACCAGUCAUCAUUGCCGACGGCGAAUGUAGGCCAUUGGGAAUCGUCAAUAACGUCCAGGCCCUCAUUGAUAUAACUGGCUGGCCAACUUGGACGACAAAUUUUGGCAAAGGGCUCUUCAAUGAAACGAGAUCAAACUUCCACGGUAUCUACAAAGGAGACUUUUCUGAGCAACCUGUCAAGGAAGCUAUCCAGGGCGCAGAUCUAGUCCUCUUCUUUGGGCCACAUUUAAGUUCGAGCAAUACGUAUGGCUUUAGCACUUUUUCGAAUCUCGAGUCAUGCAUCUUCAUCAAGGGAACCAAGGUGGAACUUGGCUCUGGCGUCUUUCGCGAUGUCUCAGCGUUGUUUGUCACAUCCGAGCUGGUCCGCAACAUCGACGUUAACAGGAUCGCCAAGUAUGAUCCGUAUCCUCUUCUCCACCGAGAUUCCCACUUGCCAUUGGAUGCACUGGCGGGCGACUCUGGCUCAAUCUACCAGGACAGGCUGUGGCGCUCUCUGGCCAAUAUCCUUCGCCCCGGAGACAUUGUACUGGGAGAGACUGGCACUGCAGGCUAUGGUGUACGGGACAUGCACUUGCCGCCACAUACGAGACUUUUCGCUCCUGCUACGUGGCUCUCCAUUGGGUUUAUGCUGCCAGCUGCUCAAGGUGCAGCGCUUGCUCAGCGGGAAAUGGUGAAUGAUUCGAGGUAUCAUGGUCUGAAACAAGGCCAAGCUCGUACGAUACUCUUCAUCGGCGAUGGGAGCUUCCAGAUGACGGCUCAGGAGCUGGCAACUAUCAUACGCCACAAUCUUGAUGUUGUGAUCUUCUUGAUCAACAACGAUGGGUACACCAUUGAGAGAUGUAUUCAUGGCCGCAAACAAGAGUACAACGACAUAUCUACCUGGCGGUAUCUCCAGGCCCCUCACUUCUUUGGUGCUAGUGAAGACACCUAUACGGCUGCAUGUCGGACUUGGGCGGAAUUGCAUGAGGUUCUAGGCAACAAAGAGCUGAAUUUCGGCAGAGGACUCAGAAUGGUUGAGGUUUUCAUGGGACGUGAGGAUGCACCAAAGGGGCCACUUCUACGGUACUUAGAAACACAGAGGGAAAAGGAGACAUUGGCAUGA